AUGACGCAACCUCGGAGCGGCUCGUGGCGUUGCCUCGCUGCAGACCUCCAGGCCGAUGUCGCGACCGCCAAAGCCGAGCUGCAGCAGCUACUACAGCUACAGCACGCUGCGAGACCACCCGAAGAGUCAGUGCCGGAGCCAAAGCUGCCUCGCACAAACGCUGCGCAGAUCAUUGAAGCGCCAAGAGAUUCGCUCUGUUUAGGAAGGUGUCCGUGUCUGCCACGUCAUGAGGUGACCAUGGAGCGCCUUCAAAUGAUCGAAGACACAAAUGCGAUCAUGGCCGCUCGCUGCGCCCAGCUGGACACUACGCUGGCUGCGUGCGCGUCCGAACUCCGUGUCUCCUCUGAGAAAAUGCAGCGCAUCGAGUCCAAGUACGCAACCGAGCGGCGGCGCAACGCGCUGCACGUCCUCGCCAUCCAAGUGCUCGAGGACGAGUUGCGGACCCUCCAGACGUCGUCCAGCCUUAAAGCGAGUCGGCUUGCAUAG